UAUUGUUCAUUUACCUAGUGACAUCCACUUGUCACGCAGGAUCCCUCACAAGACAUUUUCAGUUAUACAUUUUUACUGAUCUGGAAUGCUGUUAAGAUCUGCAAGUGGAGUUCGACUCUGGAACAGUACAUCUGCUUGGAUGCAGUCCGCAGGAGUUGUGCUUACCUAUAACCUUAGGUUGUUGUCCAAGUCUUUGGAGAGGUCAUAUCAGACAGGCACUAUGAAUGUCAUUACAGAAAGACAUGGUACUAUUUUAACAAUUGGCAUUAAUAGACCUGAAGCCAGAAAUGCUGUAAAUCCGGAGACUGCAUCCCAGCUUGUACAGGCAUUUGAUGAAUUUGAGAAGGACCCUUCCCUUACAGCAGCCGUUCUCCAUGGAUUGGGGGGAAACUUCUGUGCUGGUUUUGAUUUGAAAGCCUUAGCAAAGAAUGCAACCUCUCUGAAGAUAGAAACGAAUGUCACUAAGGGACCUGGACCCAUGGGACCUUCAAGGAUGCAGUUUUCAAAGCCAAUCAUUGCCGCUGUUAGUGGUUAUUGUGUGGCUGGAGGUCUUGAAUUGUCUCUUAUAGCAGACUUGAGAGUUGUGGAGCAAAGUGCAACAUUUGGAGUAUUCUGCAGACGUUUUGGUGUUCCGCUUAUUGACGGUGGGACAGUAAGACUGCCCCAGUUAAUUGGGCUUUCCAGAGCUAUGGACCUUAUUCUUACAGGAAGGCCGGUAAAUGCCCAAGAGGCGCAUGCAUUUGGACUAGCUAAUCGGGUGGUUCCUGAUGGACAAGGCCUUCAAAGUGCUAUUGAGUUGGCAGAACAGAUCUCUGCGUUCCCUCAGAAGUGCAUGCGUGCAGACAGAGCAUCUGCUUAUUACAGCACCUUUGAUGCCACCAGCUUUACAGAUGCAAUGCAGUAUGAAUUAAAUAAUGGAGCAGAGGUCCUAGCUGAAGAGUCAGUUGCUGGUGCAAGCAGGUUCGCUUCCGGUGAGGGGAGGAAGGGGAAGUUAUAGACACUCUCUGCUUAUAUGUCUGACUCCAGAGGAUGUAGGCAUUAGUCAUCUGCAUCGUACGUUUAUUGAUGUACAGUACUGAUUUUACAAACAUUGUGGACAUUUUACCUACAUUGACAAAGUAAUUAACACUAAGUUGAUAUAGGGCAGGUUCUAUUGUGUACUUCAUGGGGGUAUCAUUGUCUGUUUACAUAAUUGUAAUCUUUUUAUAAUACCUCACAUUCAUGCAAAUGAAGGAAAAAACUAAUACAAAUUCAGUAUGAAAAGGGGAAAUAGUACAUGAGGUCCAACACUUCUGAUCUGUUAACAUAAAACUGAAUACAUGCUUAUGUCUAUGACUGAAGAAAUUAAAAUAAAUCCAAAUAAA